AUGAUUCUUUGUAAUGAUCGAGGGGAGAUCAUCUUCUCAGCGUGUAGGGCGCUCUACUCGUGCAGGGAAGCGCUAGAGGCGGAGUUAUGUGCAUGCAUGGAGGGUCUGUCAUUGGCUAUACAACGAUCAGAGCUUCCCAUUGAGCUGGAGUUGGACGCGCAAGUUGCUAUGUCUAUGAUCAUAUGUGAGGGAACUAAUCGAUCUGUUUAUGCAGCCCUAGUGAAGGAGAUUAGACAUCUUUUGAGUCUUCGUCGUACUUGUAUUACUCUUGUAUCUAGAUCUCAAAAUAAGGCUAGUGAUAGCCUAGCUACUUUUGGUAGAGGCCAGGGUAGAACUAUGACCUGGCUAGGUUCCGGGCCGCCGGAGACCUUGGUUAUCUCGCAUGAUGAUUGUAAUCCCGUGACUUUUGAGUAA